GGGAAGAAGAGAAAAGAAGAGAAAAGAGAAAGAAAAAGAGAAGAGAAAGAAGAAGAAAAAGAAGAGAAGAAGAGAGAGGAAAAGGAGAAAAAAGAAAAGAGAAAGAAGAGAAAAGAAGAAAGAGAGAAGGAAAGAAAGAAAGGGAAAGAAGAAGAGAAGAAAGAA